AUGAUUGAAAUUAUUGUUCUUGCUUACUACACAAUUCUUGGAAGUUUUGGCGUAAUUCUGAACGGAAUUCUCCUCUAUUUAUCAAUAUUCCGAUCGCCAUCACAAAUUAAAACUUAUCGGGUUUUGAUAAUUAAUUUUGCAUUAACUGACAUGCUCUCCUCAAUCUUCAUGAUGUUAAUUGCGCCGAGAAUCAUCCCUCUCGAUCUUGCGAUGGCCCAUAUAUUCUAUGGACUCUGUCACUAUGCGGGUCCCGUCAUUUCUUAUGCAUCAUACAGUUUUCUUCUUCAUUUAUUUAUUCAUUCAAUGUGGUCUCUAUUAUUAUCCUUUGCUUAUCGUAGUUAUAUUCUCUCAAAUGUACCUCCAUCUAUGAUCAAAAUAUUCAUGCUGAUUAUAUUAAUCUACAUUCCAUCUUUUACUCAAUUCAUCGUAUUCACGUUUACUGCUGGAAACCCGAAUACAAUUUUGAAUAUGUUAAAAGAAAAGUUUCCCGACUAUCAAUUGAAUAUCAGUACAAUUACUGGAAUAACACAUAUUCUGUCUCCAGCUGCCAUUUUUGCAAUAUUAAAUUUAACUCUUCCAGUUUUCCCGAUAUAUACUGCUAUUUUAAUUCUGCGAAAGAAAAUUCUGAAGAAACUCGAAAAAAAUGCAGAACACUUGAGAUCCGAAACCAAGUCGAUUCACAAACAACUUCUGAAGGCUCUGACACUUCAAGCAUGUCUUCCAUUUUUAUUCUCUGGAGGUGUCUUCAUCUUCUACAUUCAAGCAAGUGGACUAACAACUCAUCCGAUCCUCGAAUGUUUAAUUUGUGCAAUCCCUGCUCCGAUCCCUAUUCUAUCCUCAAUCAUUUCUUUGUAUCAUAUUCGCCCCUAUCGUCAAGCUCUUCUUCGUAUUUUUACUCGAAUAACUAUCCCUAUUCCUACAAAUGAUCAUCAUUCUUCAGCCGUUGUUCUUGCUCCAAAACACAAGAUUUCAAUUUCAAGUUCCUCAAGAUUACACCGAUUGAGUCUCCCCAAUAAUUCAUGA